CUAUGGUCUAGUAGCAGUUAAAAACAACUUAUUUAUGAACAUUAAACAGCUGAUCGAGCGGUCAAUUCAAAAGAAAACUAUUGGUACAUUCAGUUUAGUGCAUAAAAGAUUUCUUGAAUAAAAUUAAAAAAUUAACGAUGAAUCCUCCAAGAGCUCCUGCUCCUUCGCGGUUUGUACGCGGUCGAGCCAGAGGCGGUGGCGCUUAUCGACCAUAUUUCUAUUUUAAACGUAAUGGACGGACAAUACCAGCACAUGGUCGAGGUGCUAACAAUACCAGCACUAGAGGUAGAGGAGCUAUAGCCCCAGUUAACCAAACUGCUGCCAAUAACAACCUACUAAAUCGUUUGAAUAAUGUGCCAACACCCUCUGCCAUAAACUCAAGUUUCCUAAGACCUCCGGUUUAUGCUGCACCCGAAGAUAGACAACAAAGAACUCAAUCGCUAGAAAUAGAAGUGCCGCCAACUGUUCCCGGUUGGCGUUUGUAUUUCUAUAAAGAACCCUUUAACGAUACCAGUGAUUUGUUACAACGUGUUAAUCAUAUGGAAACUCAUUUUAAGGAUCAUGUUGCUCACUACGAUUAUUUGAAUAUACAGAAAAAGGGCCACUUUGAGUUGAAGGCGAAUAUAGUGAGUCAAGAUCAGCAGCUAAAGGAAAAUUGGCCUACGUUAAUGGAGGAAUUGUCAAGCAGUCCCUUGAAAACUUUAGCCAUUGUAGGUCUUGCCAUGCAUUCAUUGGCCACUUCUGCCGCCGUAGAUGCGUCUUUGAGUCAACCUGCCUGCACUGAACUAAGAUAUGUUCCAAAAAUUAUAAGACCACGUAAAAUUUAUGUACGUCCAACCGGUUUUAUAGCUGAGGGAGGUAUAGCUUGUAUAAGUUCUUUGGAAAUUGAUCAAUUGUAUUGCGUUCGUGGAAGGGUAAAGGAAAUUGGUCCAGUGGAUGCUGCCGCCUCUUGGGUGGCCUAUAAAUGUACACGUUGCGGACAGGAGCAAGCAUUGAAGCAGACGGGCUAUCAUCCCUCCCGUCCGAAUUGUUGCAAACGUCAGGGCUGUCUGGCCAAACAAGGUUUUAUUGAAUUGCGUUCUUCUCCUUUUACCCGCAUAACUCCUAAGCAAACAAUACGUUUAACGGAAGCACGUUUAGAUGUUAUCUACGACAUGGAACAAGAUACCAAUAAUUAUAUCGAUGUAGAACUUAAAUACGAUUUAGUGGAUACAAUAUAUUUAGGUCAGGAAAUUGUUGUUACCGGAGCUUUGAAAGUAAGACCCCUGGAAGAUGAACAGAAAUAUGAUCAACCUUCCACAUCCAAAGGUAGCAUGGAAAUAUUUCUUAAGGCCGUUUCAAUAAUAGAUGCAAAGUAUAGUAAAUAUAAAUUUACCGAAAAGGAUUUAGAGGCAAUAACUAUGAUCAAUAGUGAGGCGGAUAGUUUUAAAUUGUUGGUACAUUCUUUGGCUCCCGAAGUUCAUGGACAUGAACUUAUAAAAGCGGGGGCUUUAUUAUCCCUAAUAGGAGGUGCAGGUUCACAGGUUCAUGACGAAGAGGAAAUUAAUAUUUUGUUAGUUGGAGAUCCGGGAGUGGGCAAAAGUAAUAUUGCUCAUCAGUGUAGUAAAAUUUCGCAAAAGGGCUGCCUGGUGCAGGCUAAACGUGGCAAUACAACCACCACCUCGAAACUUACUCACUCCCUAAAAGGACGUACUAAAUUAACGCUAGAAUCUGGUGCAUUAUUCAAUUCAACUUAUGGUCACUGUUCGAUAGAUGACGUAGAUCGCCUCGCUAGUCAACAGGAAAGUUUAAUGAAUGUUUUACAAUCAAAACUUUCCUGUCUGGCUAUUUCCUCCAUAUGCACAACUAUGCAUACACCCACCUCGGUUAUAGGUACAGUCAACACGGUGAGUGGUCAUUAUGAUCAUUCAAAAUUGCUAAUAGAAAAUGUACGCAUAAAUCCAUCACUACUAAGUGAAUUCCAUUUGGUAUUUCUAAUGUUGGAUAAACCCAAUAAAGAAAUGGAUACAUCUCUAACCGAACAUGUAAGAGCUUUACAUGCUGGCAUCAAAAGAAAUACCGUCAUAGCCAAUAAAUUCGAGCAAAAACCUAAAACUAAUAAUUCCAUGAAUAUGACUGUAGAUGAUGAUGUUGAUAAAAUGGAUAUUGAUGAAGAUUAUAAUAUUGCUUUAAGAUUAAAAUUAAAUCCUAUAGAAGAAUUGGAUAUGGACUUAUUGCCAACUAUAUUGUUGAAAAAAUUUAUAGCCUAUUCUCGACAACAAGUUAAACCUUUAUUUAUACCAGAAUCUGCUGAGGCUUUAAAAAAGUUUUAUCUAGAACUAAGACAACAAUCUGCUAACUCUCCCACCCCCAUCUCAUCAGGCCAUUUAGCUGGUCUAAUGCGUUUAUGUCAAGCUCGUGCUCGGAUUGAUUUCUCCAGUGAAGUUACUAUAGUCCAUGUACGUGAUGUUAUCUCCAUGGUAAGACAAAGUAAUGCUGAUAUGGCAGUAGGAGAUUAUGUCGAUACUAAUCCAGCCACUGCUUUAGCCUCAGGCAGAGCCGGUGUUGGUGCCAGUGGUAGUCAAGCGAAUUUACGUAAAUUUAUACAAAUGUUACAAAUGCGUUCCAGCGUUUUGGCACGACGCAUAUUUGACUUUGAUGAAUUAAAAGAUAUGGCCCGUCGAGUGGGCAUACAUUGUGGUGUAACAAAUUUAAUAGACAUAGUAAAUUUACAAGGUAUUUUGUUGAAAAAGGGACCUAAUAUGUAUGAAGUAAUGAUGGAUUAAUUAACAACUUUUUUUUUGUUUUGUUUUUUAUUUAUUUAUUAAUUUUUCUUUACUAUAUCUUUAGUUUUCUUGUAAGUAUCCAUUUAUCCAAGUGUUUUUUUUGCUUUAUUUUGUUGAAGUUUACCUAAAACUUAUGUAUUAAAUAUGAAUUAAUAUAUAGUUUUUGAUUUAAAUUUAUUUAAUAAUAAUAUUUAUAAACUACAAUUACAAUGUCUUUUUUUAAUUUUCUUACUUUUUUGCCAUUUGAAUAUAUAAAUAAGUUUUAUGUUUGCAGUUUUUUUUAAUAUUUAAUAUUUAAAUUGUGAAUUUAAAUUUUCGUUUUAUUUUUUCUUCUAAUAGUAACUAUG